AUCCUGGUUCCGCCCCUGCCGGCAGCUCAGACCGGAAGAUGGCGGCCGCUGAGUUGGCGCUGCUGGAGAAGUCCCUGGGGCUGAGUAAAGGAAACAAAUACAGUGCUCAGGGCGAGCGCCAGAUUCCAGUUCUUCAAACAAACAAUGGUCCAAGUCUAACAGGAUUGACUACUAUAGCAGCUCAUCUAGUCAAGCAAGCCAACAAAGAGUAUUUGCUUGGCAGCACUGCAGAAGAAAAAGCAAUAGUUCAACAAUGGUUAGAAUACAGAGUAACUCGAGUAGAUGGAAACUCCAAUAAAGAUGAUAUCCGCAUUCUGUUGAAGGAUCUUAAUUCAUAUCUUGAAGAUAAAGUCUACCUUACAGGAUAUAAUUUUACCUUAGCAGAUAUCCUAUUAUACUAUGGACUCCAUCGCUUCAUAGUUGACCUGACAGUUCAAGAAAAGGAAAAAUAUCUUAAUGUGUCUCGCUGGUUUUGUCACAUUCAGCAUUAUCCAGGCAUCAGGCAACACCUGUCUAGUGUUGUCUUCAUCAAGAACAGACUAUAUACUAAUUCCCACUAGAAGCUACCCAGUUGUACAGAAGAGUGAUUAGACAUAUUUUAAAUGGAAAGUGUAUACUGGACCAGAGGACUAACGUGAACUGAUACACCAUAAUUCUUUAUUUGCUGAAGUUGAUAGAAUUUUCAAAAUUUAAACUUGUUCUGAUGUUUUGUUCUUGAGUUGAAAUUUUGCAAUUUUUUAAUGUAAAAUUCAACUGCUGUCAAAACUUGAGUUAAGAUCAAGUUAUAAAUUACCAUGUUUUUAUAUGAAAUUUAUUUUAAUAAAAGUUGAAAUCAGUGGCUUAAUUUUUUUUAAAAAAAUAAUCCUUUUAAUGGUUGACCUGUAUGGCUAUUUAUUGACCUGUUUCAUAUUUUAAAAUUCAUUUGCCCCUUAUAAAUAUUUACAGUACUUUGUUUAUUAAGAUCUAUAAUAAAUUGUGCCAUGGAUAAAAAGAGAAGACACAUGUAUUUGUUUUCAAAUAUUUAUGUGAACCAGUAAAGGUGGUUGAAAAAAU